AUGAAAAGCAAUGUUCCAGUAUUGUGCCUCCUUUUUGCUUUCUACACACGGUAUGCGGGCUGCAGUGAAUACUUAAGAAUGGGAGUGAACUCGAAUGCCGCGGAAGCAGCACAGUUUCUUCGGGAAUACGACAGAGAGGCAUCAGGAAUGUGUUACAGAGUAACAAUGUCCCAAUGGAAAUUCGUCACCAACAUAACGGAAUACAAUCGACGUCGUAUGCUUGAGGAGUUGGCUCUCAGCUCCAAGUUCGAGAAGCUGUCUUGGAGGAAGGCUGCAGCUUAUGAUGGAACUAGGCUACCUGAUCCACAGAGUAGGAGACAGUUGAGCAGAAUCAUUCAGAACAGCAGGGCUGCUCUGAGCGACGACAAGUUUUCUGAGAUACAACAGCUGAUAAACGAAAUGAAGGAGCUUUAUAAUUCAGCUAAAAUAUGCCCAUACGGUCAAAAACCGUACGAUCCUCAUAUACCAAAAAUUCUGGCAACAUCCACGGAAACACCAGAAGCUAGCAAGGAGCAUCAAUCUUACCAACUGACAAACCAGCCCUAUCAGCACUACCAACCUUACCAAGAAAACACAGAUUAUCCUAAUUACUGUGACAUGCAAUUAGAUCCAGAGAUCACAAGGAUUCUAGCACAUUCGAGGAUUGAAAAUGAAUUGCUGUACGUCUGGAAGAGUUUCAGAGAUCAAACUGGUCCUAAACUGAAGAACAGAUUUAUGAGAUAUGUCCAAUUGGCCAAUGAAGCUGCUGUUAAAACAGGUUUCAGAGACGCUGGAGACCAAAUGCGUGCUGCGUAUGAAGACCCAUCGUUCAGGGCGAGUGUCGAGGAAAUAUACAAUCAAAUCAUACCGCUAUACAAACAACUAUUUACCUACGUCCGAAGAAAACUUCUGCUGAGAUACGGAGAGAAAAGUGUACGUCCAGAUGGGCCCAUACCUGCACAUUUAUUAGGUAACAUGUGGGCACAGAACUGGAAAUCAAUAAUGGACCUAGUUAUGCCGUUCCCUCAAGCCCCAAACGUGGACGUCACUUCAGAGAUGUUGAGACAGGGAUUCACUCCUCUUAGAAUGUUCCAAAUGGCUGAAGAGUUUUACACGUCAAUGGGUCUUCGCCCCGUUCCUCCAGAAUUCUGGCGAGGGUCCCUACUCGCUCGACCAGCUGAUCGAAGUGCCCAAUGCACAGCCAGCGCCUGGGACUUCUGCAAUCGUAUUGACUAUAGAAUAAAGCAAUGCACGGAGGUGACGAUGCAGGAUCUAAUCUCCACUCAUCAUGAGAUGGCUCACAUCCAGUACUACUUGCAGUAUUCGGAACAACCUCAGCUGUUCAGGGAUGGAGCGAAUCCAGCUUUCCACGAGGCGGUGGCAAACGCAGCUACAUUAUCAGUUUACAAUCUCCCGCAUCUUCAAAGAGUUGGAUUGUACCAGAACAGAUCUCACGACCAGUAUGAAGUCAGUAUGAAUUUUCUAAUGUCGAUGGCUCUUGAGAAAGUGGCUUACCUUCCGUUCGCGUUUAUGGUGGAUCAGUGGCGAUGGUCGAUUUUCGAAGACGGCGUUAAGAAUAUGAACGCCAGAUGGUGGCAGAUGAAAUUGAGAUAUCAGGGAGUAACUCCGCCGAUACCAAGAACAGAAGUGGACUUUGACCCGGGAUCGAAAUAUCAUAUAGUAUCAGAUCAGGAUUACAUAAAAUAUUUCCUGGCUACGGUCCUCGAGUUCCAGGUGUUCGAGCAGCUCUGUGUUGCUGCAGGUCAUACAGGUCACCUGCACGAGUGUGAUAUAUACAGGAGUAGAGACGCCGGCAGACUUCUGGGUGAGAUGAUGCAAAUAGGAGCUUCAAAACCAGCGUCAGACGUCAUAAGAACAAUGACCAGAGGAAAAACUAACAGAAUAUCACCGGAAUCUAUUGUGAAGUUCUUCCGACCCUUGGAAUUAUGGCUGAGAGUUCAGAAUCGUGAUGAAGAAGUAAUUGGUUGGAACUCAAACUAUGAAGACGUCGCACUAUUUGCUCCACAGAGGGCGCUGGCAAGUAACAGUCAUUUAGCACCUGUGGCAAUACUCACUACAUUCAUUGUAUUAUUAUAUAAAUAA